AUGCCGAAACUAGAGGAGAUAGAGGACUACGAUGAUGUCGACAAUAUGGAGAUGGACAUCGCUGAGAUUGACUCCAAUUUAAGGACUCCAAUCGCUCCUAAGAUAGUGCCUAGCGUGGUCAGAAGUCAAGACCAAGAACAAGAUCAGUCAAACCAGGUUCUUGCGAUGCAACAGAGAACUGGUGCUGGAAAAUCCAAUGGGGAGCAAAUAAGCUUUUUCAAUCCGAAAACGGGCGGAUUGGAAGGGUCCACGCAUAUUUCCAAGGAGGAUUUGAAAGAGAUGAAGAAAUUCCAAGUGUUAUACCCGUGCUAUUUUGACAAGAACAGAUCACACAAGAACGGUAGACGGGUGCCCGUUACGGAAGCUGUGGAAAACCCUCUGGCAAAAACGGUCGCAGAUGCGGUGCGUAGCGUCGGUCUUCUAUGCGUGUUUGAAGGUGAAAAAACACACCCACAGGACUUUGGUAACCCGGGGAGAGUACGUGUUCUUCUCAAGGAGAACGGGAAUGUAGUUCAGUCCGCGUCCGCUUACAAAGGUGGUAAAAGACAACUGCUGAAAGAUAUAUCAUCAUAUCUACAAGCUCACCCAACCACACUGCAGUCGCUAAAAGAAAUACCUUACGGGCCAGAUUUCGAUAACAUUGAGUCGAGGAGAAUUCCGAAAGUGAAGGGGCUGAAGAUGAACGACAUUGUCCCACUUCACAGUCCCUUCAUGAUGGGCCAUCCAAUGACCAAAUCAUUGUACGACGCACCCCCACCUGCCCCUGCGAUCGCCAACAGCGAGAAACCGAUGAAGGCACCCAAGAACAAGUACAAAGUUGUAAGAAGGUGA